AUGGUUGUGGUUUCUGAAGAAACAUUUCGUGGUGUCCGUAAGAAACUUCACGUCUUGGGUUACAAUGAACCCCUGAGCAUUGACAGUGUGUUGCUGGUCGAACGAUUACUGGACGAUUUAGUUCUCACUACUCACAGUCUUAGAGAAACCAAGAAGGAGUUAGCUUCAAAGUUGUGUGCUGAACAAGAGCAUCGCGAUCUCUUGUUGCAAUCUGAAAAUGCCUCUGAUAAAAAUGAGACUUAUCACUUUGGUUGUGGAGUAUCGGACACUUACCCGUCUUGCGAACGACGAAUUAAAGCAAUUAAAUCGAAACCCCAUCUACUAGAUGCCAAUUCUCGUGGUCAAAUCUUCAAUUCAUCUUUAGUGGAUAUAGUUAACUACUGUGAUAAAGUUGGUAUGCAGAUAUCUGGACCUUCUUCGGAAUUCCCGAAUAAUAUCCCAGAUCUCACUACGAUCUCCACUUGCGACCGAACACAAAAAGUCCACUGCGAGCCCCAACCAAGAAACGUUGAUGCCGUUGCUCCUCCAGUUCAUCCCGGUAACAACGCCUCAAAUUACGAUGAUGAAGAUGCCGCACAUCCGAGAAAUUAUUGUUGCAGUGUCGCGAGACUUUUGGACGAAACCGAAAGAGCGGAUAAUCCGGAGAUUGAGCUGAGGAAUGAGGAGAUCGAUCGCUUGCGACAGAUCAUAGAUGGUGAGAAGAGACCACUUGACUCGAUUGUUAUGGAAAGUCAACAGCGGCAGACAGACAGGAUUAUUGAACAACUCCAGUUCCAAGUCGAUUUACUCCAAAUGAGGAAUCAAGAGCUGGAAAAACGGCUGCUGGCUCGAGUGGAAUCUGCAUUCCAGCCAACCCAAUCGCCACCUUUGGAAAAACGUGAACGGGCUUCGCAGUGUAGUAUCAUGGAGAACACAAGUGAUGCUAGGGAACUUCCCUGCUUAUUGCGGACUGAUCGGUGGGAGAUGGUAGAAAUGUUGGACAACUUCGAAAAAACCAAUAAACACUACCUCGGUCGGGUGGAUGAGCUAGUGAAUAGUCAGAAGAAGAUGGUCCUUGAGAUUGAUCGUCUAAAACGCCUCAUCCCACCCACCAAAAAGCCCACCCCAGCCGUUCGCCGAGGACCAACGAGAAUCACGAACAAAAAGGCUUCUCCUUCGACAUUAAACGCUCCCGCAAAUCCAACUCCACAACUCCCAGACAAUUGUGAACCGCCUGUGAAGGCGUACAUCGAGGGUUUAAUUGCUGACCGUCAGACGUUGCGAACCCAGGUGGACUACUUGACGCAGUGCAUGCGUCGGUGGUUCGCUACACCAACUCAAAACGCUGCCAUCGUCCCAGCUGGUGAUUGUUUUGGAUCUGACACCUUCUUUACCCGCGACAACCAAAAUGUGCACGUCCAAACCACAGAGAGUAACUCCUCGAAAGUCGCCUUCACCUCGAAUGACGCGUCAGUCAGGAAGGCACUUGACAUGGAGAUGUUAAAAGGACUGUUGAAGGCGACUGAGGCGGAGCGUGAUCACUACAUACGGAAAACGGAGGAAUCCCAAAUUGAACUCUCGCGUCUCACUCGCCUAUCAAACUACCACCGUUGCCAAAGCCAAAUGGCCGCCUUUGUUAAUCCAGAGACCGACGCUGAGCUGCAGGCAGUAAAGAAGGAGCGCAAUGAACUGCAGGCGGCUCUAAACAAAUUCGAGCGCAGCUUACUAGAGGCAGAAGAAGUUCGUUCCUUGCAAUCGGAGAGAGAUAAUCUUCUAAUCCAACUCGACGAGGCUCGUCACUCGCUGGCCACGAUUUCUGAGGCUCCUACUAAAAACCACCAUUCUCACGAUGCUGCGUCACAGUCCCUGGAGCCUUGUACAGAAUCCCACGAGCAUAGAAUCGAUCGCGGUGAAUGCUGUCAAAGAUGUGUUGAAGCGUUGGAAGCUCAUCGUGUUGAUCACUGUGGCGAGGUUCUGCCAUCGUCCAUCAACCGAGCCACUUCCCCCAUGCUGAAAACUCAGCUUGCUCUUGAAACGGAACAGGAAGAACAACUGAGGGCGGAAAUCCGUUGCCUUAGCCAGACUCUUUCAGGUACACAGAAGCAGCUCGAUGCCUCGAGGAAGCGCAAUGACGAGCUAGCUAAUCGGGUGCUGCAGCUAAACAACGAACUCGAGGAAUUACUCCAAACAUCUUCUGAAAAGGAGGAGGCGGCAAAGACAACCGAGCAACUUCAAGCGGCACUGGCGCAAACGCGUGCUCAGAAUUCGGCCCUCGCUAGUGAGCUUUCAAUGCGAAAAGACAUGUACAAUGAGUUGGGCAAGGAGAAGCAGCUGUCCGAUGCCAUGGCUGCCGAGGCCCAACGCGAUCUCCAGUGUUUAAACAGCCGGAUUUCUGAGCUGGAUAUGGAGCUCAGGCGCACCCGCGAAGAUGUCGCACGUUUGCAAAAAGUUGCCUCGCAGCUUGAUGCAGAAAAAGACGCCCUGCAAUCAGCUCUUGACGACCGCACUGAGGAACUCGUGGCUUUGAAACAAGAUGCUACCGGUAAAGCUCAACUUCUUGAGGAGAAUGAGCGUUAUUUAAGCAACGCUGAACUGCGCCUUCGUCGACUCACCGAGACGGCAGCUGACCGGGAUCGCGAGGUCCGCGCACUGACUGAACGUCUCCACGAACUGGAGAACUCUUCCAAGAUUGUAAAUCAAAGUCGGGCUAUUUCGGAGGAAAAAUACGCAAAGGCUAAAGCUGACGUAGCAGUCCUCACCAAUGAGAUUGAGAGCCUAACGUCCCGCCUGCAAGAGGCCACCAAUGCAAAUAUUGAACUCGAACAGCGCCUUAGUGAAGCUGUCCGAAAUUUCGUCGCUUCCGAGCAAGCCAUGGAGGCCAAACUCAGGGAACACAGCGAUCUUCUGCUGCAUUACAGUUCAUUGAGCAAGGAGUUUGAGGCAACUUCGAAGAGAAAUCUGGAGCUUGAACAAAGUCUGCGUGAUCUCGAGAAGGGCCUGCAGGACAAAGAAGCCAGUCUGAGAGUCCACCUCGAGCGUGCACAAAAGGCCGAACUGGACGCCCUGAACUCAAGACGCGAGCUCCUCGUCGCUGAGGAAAAGUGCGCUCGUUUGAGCAUCGUCGCGGAGGAGGCUGAUGCUCGGGCCAGACAACUCAGUGGCGAGUUGGACGAACUUCGCAAGGAGCUCGAGGCCUCUCGCGAGCUUGCUGGCGACUUGCAGACGCGAAUGGAUCAGACUAAUGUGCAGUCUGCCGACCUUUCCAUGAAAACACACGACUUGAGCGCCAAACUUGCUGAAUGCGAGCGUCAACUCGAAAGUGCUCUUCGCGAGGCAAGUUUUGGCUCACCAGGUUUUUGUGCCGCAUUUCUUAUCAGCACUCGGUUUGACUUCAAGUUCUUUGCAGACUACACGACAAAGAGGAACGAUACGAACGAGCUGAACUUACAGACUGCCCUCGAGACGAAGACAAAGGAGUGCGAGCAGCUGCGUGAGGAAACGCUGACAGCGCACCAGGCCGUCAACGUCGCUACGACCGAGGCCCUAGCCAUGCACCAGAAGCUCACCUCGCGCCUCAAGCAAACCAACGCGUCUGCGCCUCUCGCAGCGACACCCCCGCUGAGCAUCUCUGCUGCCACUCCCACCACCGCCACCGCGGUGUGCCCGGCCGUCGGCGCGUCUGCAGCGACGUCCACGCACCACCGAAACACCCUUUUCUACACGUCCGCCUCACGGUCCAAUGAACAGCUGGUGGCUCAAAAGCGGGCCGCAUCAGCGGCAGUGCCUUCUGCUGAAGGGUUUCUAGCCCCGUCACACAACGAGGAACCCUCAUUAAACUUCACACCCUCGGUAUCGGCAAUGUCCGUUUCAUCGGAUGUAUUGGCACAGCAUUGUCCACCCACAGCAGAUGGUGGCUUCCUUUCUUCCCCAACACGUGCUGCAGCGACCAAUUCGAAGGUGCCUCGUUUUAGGGACCAAGGGACUGGUCUACCUGCCUCUUCUGGGUGUUGCUCGUCGACGGAAUUGAUUAAAGCGCGUUGCCCGAGAAGCGCUGCCUCCAUGCCCACCAGUGUUGACACCGACUCCGCUGUGAACCCGAAGACGGCUACUAAAAACCGCUUGAAAUUCUAUGUCGGUGAGGAUGGCCUGGCCCCUCCCCUCGACUCAACCCACAAAAGCCACCUUCGAGUCACUGCGGCUUAUGUGCCUCGCAUGAUGAAGUGGUACAACCACGGCUACUUUGAUUCCUGCAAUUGUGAAAGUGGAAGUGACGUCGAUAUUGACGCCUCUAUUGAUAACGGUGAUGAUGAUUUUCGAGACAUUUUAUCCCUGACAAACUCCGAUGAUGGGAAACUUUGUCAAGAGGGAUGCUUUCGUCCGACUUAG